UUUUAAAAAAAGCUGUCUUCCCCCCGCUCUCUCUCUCUCUCUCUCUCUCUCUCUUUCAUUCAUUCAUUUCUCCAUAUUCCUUUUCUUCUCUUUCUUCUUUUCCUUUCUUCCUUCUUUCUUUCUCUCUUUUUUGUUUUGUUUUUUGUUUUGUUUUGUUUUGUUUUCUAUUCAUCUCAUCUGUAACCUGAUUGUUCAUUCCAAUUCACAGUUACAUCGACUUCAUCCUUUCCUUUUUUUUUCCCAUUAUUUUUUGUGUGUUCCUGUGCAUCUGUGAAUCAGAGUCUGUGUAUCCCCUGUGUGUCUGUGCCAAAUGUGCUUAUAAAAAGCACCUUUUCCCCCAUUCUCGGUCCGAUCCUUUUUCUCUGUCAAAUCAAAUUGCAUCGCAGCCGAAACCUUUUUUUUACUUAGUACCCUAGUACUUCCGCCACUAAAAAUACAACAUGAAUCCAUUCUCAGUCGUGUCAAAUCUACCCUUCCUAUAUCGUCAAUCGACCACCAAUCCUGUCAAUGUAGUUGUCCACACUCCUGCCUCUCACAAGCAACAGCAACCUCCCCCAAACCCUCCACAUGCAACCGUUCUCUCAAAGGACAUGCAAACACAACAGGUUGAUCAGAUUGACCUCAAAACCAACAUGGUUCCUCGCAAACACAGAAACAAUCCCCAGGCUAUCUUGCCUGAGCUUGAUCAGAAAGAACAGGACUUUUAUCUUCGCCUUGCCGCCGUCAAUCAACCUUCAUCAAGUUUUACAGCUUUUAAUGAUAAUGAUAAUGACAACCUCGAUAAUGAAGAUUGCAAAAAGUUCAAUCGACAUAGCAUCCAUAUGAUCCCCUCAACUACAGCCACAGUCACCGCUACUACUACACCUACACCUACACCUACACCUUCAUCCACACCCCCCAAAACUGAUGACCUUCCUAGCCGUCAAGUCCUUAUCCGCCAUUCAUCUAGCCCAAUCAUUCACACCUCUGCUGCUUCCAAAGUUCAUGCUGCUCCAGCUCGAGCAUCGAUCGACAGCUACGAACGUGCAAAGAUUAUCAAGCCUUCCCCUGCUGACACUGUGCAGGCCACAGUCAUGAUCAGUCAACCUCGACCUCCACAUCUGAGGCAUAUGCGUUCAAGCUCUUCUCCUAACAUGACCAUGCCCACCUCCAUAUCCUCACAACCUCCACGACCUUCCCAUCUCUCAUCUUCAACUUUGGCAUCUCCUUCUGACCUUAAUACACCAGUUUCUGGAACUAACUUUGGCCAAGAGGAGCCUGAUCAAGAUUCAGAGGAUGAUAAAGAACGAGGAAAAGCGACGCAGUCAGAGUCUGAUGAUGACACUCCUCAGACACUUACACAGAUGCAGCUUGCUGUCGCACGGGCACUAAAGUUUGCAGAGUCACAAAAGGCUCCAGCGACUCCCUUGGCGACCCCACCCACAACACCCACAACACCCAUGCUCCCGGCCACUUCCACACCUAAAGUGACCACCACAAAUGUCACUCCAUCCAUUCCAUCCCUCACUCCACCGGUAACACCUCCAAUUACCCCCGUUACAUCAUCAACAAAGUCUUUGGUGGAACCUACAGCAUCGAUCUCAACUCUGGAAAAACCAUGUACUCCUUUGACCUUGUCCCAAACUUCGUCCACUGUUGCACCAACACCAACACCUACCGUAGCCACACCUCCUUCACCCCCUGCUUCUCCUUCCAUAUCGUCUACAUUCCCUUCUGCGGCCACAUCAUCCUCCUUCCUCGCCUCAUGGCAAGGUCGACCACGUACUAUGAUUUCAAGCAUCCCACGGCCUUCACCCCUGAUGCCGUUCCGUGCUGCUCGAUCUGUAGUCAAUUCCGUGACCUCGGUCGGAACAGGACUCAUACCGUCGAAGGAGCAGCUUGGUUCCCUUCCAGUGGCGGGUAGGAUCUUGAAGCAUCCGGUCAUGGAUUCGACUCUGUCUUAUAUCGCAACCAAGGCUUCGGAGCGUGGUAUCUCCUUACAUGCUCUGACCGGCGGCAUCGAUCCCAAGACCUUAAUUUCACCUGAGGAUGUACCUUAUCGGAAACUAAACAAGAAGCUGAUUCAACAGGCCAUGACCCUAUCCGUUUUAGCGAUGGAGAAGGAGGACCAGUCCAAGGCAAUGGAUGAUGAAGCCGGUGAUGAUGCAUUUGAGCUGUAUUUGGCAGCCAUCAAUAUAAUGCUUCAUGCAUUGCCAUUUGAAACCUGCGAUCCCCUCCGUCGUGAGGCUUUCGAAACCCAACUACGCGAUUUCCUAGAAGACCAGCUCGAAGAGCUCCGGGGUGUGGAUGAGAUUAGCGACGCAAGCGUAUCUUCUAAGCGACUGCGCCGACGAUGCAGAAGAAGACAUCGUCAGAAUCAUGAGCUCGCAGCUACAAUGAUUCAGCAGCAUACUGCAGUCUCUGAAGAAGCUGUCGCAUCCAUGGACGAAAAGGCCGCUGCUGCGUUUAUUCAACAACAACGCGGACAGCAGAAGCAGAAGCAGCAGCAGCGUAAACAGCGCCGUGAGCAGCAUGCAAAAGAAUUGCAGGCUUUGAAAAAACAACAGCAGGAGCAAGAAAAGGAGCUCAAGAAUAAGAAACAAACAAAGCUGGCCAGUCCUUCAUCAUCUCCUUCAUUGCAACCUACAAAGGCAUCACCCUCUAAUGGUCACACACACUCCCGUCGUCGCCAUACUCGAAGACAACGUCACCACUUCCAUGAACACGAACUUCCUCAACACAACGACAUUGCCAACAAUGACAAAGCCCUCCAGAACCCCAGCCAUGUCAACAAUGCAGGUGGGAUUGGUGACGCCAUUAUUUCGACAGCUGUUCAUUCAGCAAUUCGUCUGAAGCAAUCACCCAUUCCAGACGUGGUCAAGUCAUGUCUUCGAACAUCCAAGACAAUCUUCCACAAGGUUGAUGAGCGCUUCCAUCUGCAGGAUAAGGCUUGGGAGUUGUCAAAGCAAUCGAUUGAGAAAGCCAUCGAGUUGGAUGAGCAGUAUGCGAUCCAUGAAGCCGUCACAGAAACCGUGUUCGCCACCCUGACUGGUCUCGUCAAGGCUGGUAUUGCUUACAAAGAGACUCCGGGCUAUGCAGCUGUCAAGGCUGCUCAGACACAAGGGGGACUGGGGGCAGCUGGAGCAGCUGGCACAAUAACUGAUGGAGCAGCCGCGGGCUCAAAUGCUACAAACAGGUCUCAUCAUCCUCAAGAGAUCGAUCACAAGAAACAAAUUGAUCUCAAGGAGCUUGCAAAGCAGCAAAAGAGGAAGAGAGGAAGCACUAGGGCUGCAUUAGCGGCCGCCGCUGCAGCUGCUGUAGCAAGCACAACUCGACGCGGAUGGAGCAAACGAACAAGCUCUGCUGUUGCGAAAGAAAGUGACUCUGGCAGCAGCUCAACCACGAACUCUGAGGCAGAUUCUGAAGACAGCGAUUUCGAUUCUGAGAACGAGUCGGAUUCCGAGAUGAUGACGCCGUCCACUGGACCUUCCUCAUGUCCAUCUUCAGAUAUGGAAGAGACUAGCUUGGAUUCUGAUAAGGGUUAUGGAAGAUUGCAGCCACAACAACAGCAGAUGCAGCAGAAAGAAGAAGUGAUUGAGCUAAACCAACAGACAUUACUCUCUCCUACACCAUCAUCAACUCCAUAUACAGAUCAAGUUCGUGAGAAGAUUGACAUGUUUAUGGCUCUUAAAGGUGCCGCUUCGUUGAUUUAUGGCAACUUGUAAAAAAAAA